GGGUGCCUCACCAAAACAUACAACCACUGUGCAAAGUCCCAACAAGCUCAACCAAAGUGCAAAUACGUCCAACAUAAAAAACAACAAAUCCAAUAAAAAUCAGACCCUUUUUUUUAUUUUUUUGCAAAUGGAGCAAUCCAACCUCCCUCUUUCCUGAGCUCCCUCCUCGUUUUGCCAUUCAAACUCUCGACCGCAACCUCCCUCCCUCUCUGUACCAUUGGCCGAGACUCUUUUGCUCGCAUUGAAUGCAUCUUCUUAACUCAUCACACGUUUCAAAAUUGAAGCUUGCCCAUGCAAUCCAUAUAGAAACUCAAAGAAGCAGCCUCCAAACGUCCGAGCUUCAACAUGAAUCCCUUCUCCAAGUCCAAUUUCCCUCUCUUGCUCGUGUUCGUUUCGUAUCUACUGUUCUCUUCCGGCUCCUGUGAGUACUUGAUCUCAGGGUCUGAUGACACUCUAGAUGUGCUGCUGUCGGUGAAAAUAUCGAUCGACGAAGACCCGUUACUUGUUCUUGAUGAUUGGUCAAUUGUGGAUUCUGAUUACUGCAAUUGGACUGGAGUCACCUGCGAUUCUGCCAGUUCAAUCAUCAGCCUGAACCUGUCAGGUUCAUCUCUGGCAGGUUCAAUCUCUCCUGCGCUAGGCAAGCUGAGUUCUCUGGUAACUCUUGAUCUCUCUGAUAACAAGUUGACAGGUAAAAUCCCAUCUCAGUUAUCAAACAUGUCUUCGCUUGAGAUUCUACUGUUGUAUUCGAACAGUCUCUCGGGCACAAUUCCUUCGAGUUUAGGCUCUUUGUUGAAUCUCAAAGUUAUUCGCAUUGGAGAUAAUGCUGAGUUGACAGGAGUAAUUCCUGAUUCAUUUGGUGAUCUUUCGAACCUGACAGUUCUUGGGCUUGCUUCUUGUAACCUGAGUGGUUCAAUACCAAGCCGAUUGGGCGACUUGGGCAAGCUUCAGAACUUAAUUUUGCAGCAGAAUCGACUCGAGGGUUUGAUUCCGAAAGAGAUAGGGAAGUGUAAAGACUUGGAGGUGCUCGCUUUGGCUGAGAACGAACUUACUGGGAGUUUGCCAAUUGAGCUUGGUCAUUUGAGCAGUCUUCAAAUUUUGAACCUUGCUACUAACUCAAUUGGAGGAGAGAUACCAACCCAAAUUGGUGAAUUGAGUCAGCUUGUGUACCUCAACUUGCUCGGAAACAAAAUUGAAGGCAAAAUUCCAGCUUCAAUUGGGGAAUUGGGUAGUCUCCAAACACUUGAUUUGUCAGCGAAUAUGCUUGAAGGCGAGAUUCCGAAAGAAUUACAGCAGUUGGAGGAUUUGGUUUUUCUAGUUCUCUCAGACAACAGACUUUCAGGUUUUUUGCCUGAAAAUGUCUGUCAGAAUUCACCUAGCUUGGAGCAUUUGCUAUUGUCAACCAACAAUUUCACUGGGAAAAUACCUGUCAGUUUGAUCGAAUGCAUGUCAGUGAAACAGUUGGAUUUGUCUAACAACAGCCUAACUGGGUUCAUUCCUCCUGAAAUCGGCCAGCUCUACAAUCUCACUGAUCUUUUGCUCAAUAACAAUAGCCUCUCUGGUUCAAUCCCUCCCAGUUUUGGUAACCUGUCAAAUCUUCAGACAUUGGCAUUGUAUCAUAAUGAACUGACAGGUGAAGUUCCUGAAGAAAUUUUCCAGUUGCAGGACUUGCAGAUUCUCUACUUGUACGAGAAUCAACUGUCAGGUGAAAUUCCAUUAGGUAUUGGUAACUGUUCGAGCUUGCAGAUGAUUGAUUUCUUCGGUAAUCAAUUCAGUGGUACCAUUCCCAUAACCAUUGGUCGGUUGAAGCAACUGAAUUUUCUGCAUCUCAGGCAAAAUAGUCUCUCAGGUGAAAUUCCAGCAACUUUGGGAAAUUGCAGGCAGCUUAAAAUUCUUGAUUUGGCUGAUAAUCAGUUGACUGGCAAAAUUCCAGUGACAUUUGGGUACUUAGAAUCUCUUCAACAGUUCAUGCUCUAUAACAAUUCACUUGAAGGCAGCAUACCAGAUGAGAUGUUUGAUUGUAAGAACAUUACGAGGGUGAAUUUAUCCAACAACAGACUCAAUGGAAGCUUUCUUCCUCUUUGCGGUUCGAGUUCUCUACUCUCUUUCGAUCUCACUAACAAUUCAUUCAAUCUUGAGAUCCCUGCACAGUUGGGAAAUUCUGCAUCUCUUGAAAGAAUUCGAUUAGGGAGCAACAAAUUAACUGGUGAAAUUCCUCUGAUGCUUGGAGAUAUUGAAGCUUUAUCGCUUCUUGAUCUCUCGAACAACUUGCUCUCCGGCGAAAUACCGAAAGAGUUGGCUUCUUGUAAAGAAUUGAGACAUAUUGACCUCAAUGGUAAUCAGUUCACUGGAUUAGUUCCUGAAUGGCUUGGGAGCUUGCCUAAUUUGGGAGAGCUCAAGCUUUCUUCUAAUAAGUUUUCAGGUUUUCUUCCUAUUGAACUCUUCAACUCUUUCAAGCUUCUAAGGCUUUCUCUUGAUAACAAUCUAUUGAAUGGUUCACUUCCAUCUCAAAUCUCCAAUCUGACUUCGUUGAACGUACUUAAUCUCUCUCGCAACAAAUUCACCGGGCCUAUUCCCUCUUCAAUAGGAAAGUUAUCCAAACUCUACGAUCUUGAUCUCUCUGGCAAUUUCUUCACUGAUAAUAUCCCAUUCGAGAUUGGCCAAUUACAGAAUCUACAAACAACAUUAGACCUGAGCUUCAACAAUCUCACUGGAGAAAUUCCGACAUCUCUCUUCUUGCUAACGAAACUUGAAGAUCUCAACCUCUCUCACAACUCACUGACCGGAGAAAUCCCUCAUCAGAUUGCUGAAAUGAGUAGCUUAGUGAAGCUAGACCUUUCUUUCAAUAAACUUGAAGGCAGAUUAGACGCCAAAUUCUCUCACUGGCCUCCUCAAUCUUUCACUGACAACCGUGAUCUCUGUGGUAUCCCUCUUCAACAAUGCAUGAGCCCUGUAUCAAAGAAUCGCCGCUCCAAUCUAAACUCUGCAUCGAUAGGAGUCCUCUCUGCCUCUCUCACCCUCACUUUUGUUCUUCUCCUCAUUGCUCUUGCAAUCUUUUUGAGAAGGCGGCGGUUACUCAAACCAAGUGAAAUAAAUUGUGUUUAUUCUUCAACCUCUUCGCAAGCUUAUAGGGAGUUGAUCAUCAAAGGUUCAGUGAGACGAGAUUUCAAGUGGGACACAAUCAUGGAAGCUACAAAGAACCUCAGCAAUGAGUUUGUCAUUGGUUCAGGAGGUUCUGGUACUGUAUAUCGAGCUGAACUUCCAACUGGCGAAAUUAUCGCGGUCAAAAAGAUUGUUCAGAAAGAGAACGAUCUUUUCCUAACCGAUAAAAGCUUCGGGAGGGAACUUCGAACACUGGGCAGAAUCAGACACCGGCAUCUCGUGAAGCUAUUGGGAUUUUUGAGUAGUACUAACGGGUCGAACAUGAUUGUGUAUGAGUACAUGGAGAAUGGUAGCUUGUGGGAUUGGUUGCAUAGGCCAAAUGUGAGCCAGAAGAAGAAAAGGGAGCUCAGCUGGGAGUGCAGGUUGAGAGUGGCUGUAGGCCUUGCAAAGGGAGUUGAGUAUUUGCACCAUGAUUGUGUUCCAAGGAUUGUUCAUAGAGAUAUCAAAUCCAGCAAUGUCCUGUUGGAUGGUGAUAUGGAAGCUCAUUUGGGUGAUUUCGGGCUGGCGAAGCUCGCGGUGGAGAGCCAGAGGGUGAACUCCAGAGGAUACACUGAGUCUGAGUCUUUGUUUGCGGGUUCUUUCGGCUACAUUGCACCUGAAUACGCAUACUCUCUAAGAGCAACAGAGAAGAGCGAUGUAUACAGUAUGGGGAUAGUACUGAUGGAGCUAGUGACCGGACUAAUGCCGACUUCUAAUGCGUUUGGGGAUAUGGACAUGGCUCGAUGGGUUGAAUCAAGAAUUGAAUCACAGGAUGAAGACUUGCUGGAUUCAUCGCUGAAGCCUGUGGCAGCCCGCGAGCAGUCGUCGAUGUUCGAAGUUCUUGAUUUGGGUCUGGAGUGCACGAGGACUGCCGCUGCUGAGAGGCCCAGCUCGAGGAAGGUGUCAGAGGUUUUGGUUCAGAUUUGUUCGAGGGUUCGUCGUGCUGGCCAUGGAAAGAAUAUUAUUGUCUGAGAGUUUGCUGAAAGUAUUGGGCUGUUGGGUAGUUUAUUUCAAUUAUAUAUCAUAAUGUUUGUAGAUAUCAAGUAAGAGUUUGGGUGACUUGCACAGACCCCAAACCAUUGCUUUGAACUGCAACCCCCCUCAGGGCAGCAGAUAGACCACUUGGGUUAAAUUCUCUCAGCUCCUUUAAAACU